UAGGAAGGUUUUUGGAGUACUUGGGUAGAAUGUUUUUAGGAUGUUACGCAUUUGCGGUUUAGUUCGAUAUGUUGCAUACAUGUUUACAAAUAUUAAGAAUCUGUGUUGGAUUUUUCUAAUUCUGUUAAUGGAUCUCUUCUGUUGUGUCUUCCCACUUGAUGGAGUUCGUGGUAGUUUACAAAGGUGAAUAUUGCCAAGCACAACACAAAUAAAUUGAAAAUUGGGUAUCUUCCGGAAUUGUGCCAUUUAUUUUUUUACUUCUCGACAAGUCAUUGUUGAAGACAAUUCCAGAAAAGGUGCUUUCUCAGUAUAAAUAGCAAAGUUAAAGAUUGAAAGAGGAUUCCUUGUUUUUUUAUCGUUUUAAUUAACGGAAUGACAAUGAAGCAAAAACUUAUGCGACCAGGGCCGUCUGAGAUUGUCUACAAGAAUAUGAAAUUUCUCAUAAUGGAUCGUCCCACCGAUGCAACUAUAGCUACAUUUAUUGAGGAAUUAAAAAAGAAAAAUGUAAAAGAAGUUGUAAGAGUUUGUGAACCCACUUAUAAAACAGAUGCUCUGGAAAAGCAUGGAAUUAAAGUUCUGGAUUGGCAGUUUGAUGAUGGUUCCCCACCUCCAGCAAAAAUUGUAAAUGAUUGGUUUGAUCUUCUUCGACGGAGAUUUAAGGAGGAUUCGGACUGUUACAUUGCUGUGCAUUGUGUUGCAGGCUUGGGACGGGCUCCUGUUCUUGUAGCAAUUGCACUGAUCGAAUUAGGAAUGAAGUAUGAAGAUGCAGUGGAAUUGAUUAGGCAGAAACGGCGUGGAGCCAUAAAUGCUAAACAGCUUGCUUAUUUGCAAAAAUACCGUCCUAAAUCCCGAUUGAAGGCUCAUAAUGGUUUCAAGCAAUGUUGUAUUCAGUGAAGAAUCACAUUUUGUGAUCUCCUUUUUAUAGCAUUCAGAUGCAAAUAUGUAUUUGAAUAGUGAUCAACUUGCUACAUAUCCUUUGUCUUGGUUCCUCCAGUAUUUCAAAAUGUGGUGCUGGUGUUGAUUUCAUUAAGGUUUCUUUUCUGUAUAUAUUGAAAGCUGCACUAUUUAUUCUUAAUUAACUUUCUUUAUAUGCACUAUGAAGAGUUAACUCAUUUAUUGAUAAAUUUAAGCCCGACUUAUUAUUUAUGUACAAAAAAUGUCCCCCCUUCCUGUUCUUGUGAAAUAUUUAAAACAAAAAAAGCUGUUUAUGCUUGAUGGUUAGAUUUAACUGAAAUGUUUUAUGAUCGUAUCUUCGGUAAGAUUAGAUAUGUGUAUUGCUGUCUGUCUGAAUUUGUUGAUGUGAAUUUUUAAUUUAAUGAAAUUGAAAGAGUAUGUUUUAAUUUUGAAUUGAUAUCUGCUAUUGAUUUUUUAAUUCACUAAAAUUCUUAUAUGAAUUUAAACAGUUUGUUGCAGACUAAUUUAAGAAAUCACUAUUGUAUACAUAUUCAUGCCAAUUUAUUUGACUUUUGUUUCUAUAAGUUUUGUAAAAAUAGAACAAUAUGUAUAUCUGUUUCAGUGUAAAAGAAAUUGGAUGUGACAUAUUUUUAUGACUAACAAUAUUGUACAAAUUAAAGGAAAGGAAUUUCCUACAGAGAACUUUUAUUGAUUUUAAUAAAGUUUCAUUAAAUGUGUAAA